AUGCGUGCGGAUGCUCAAUUCGCCGUUGUUGAAGCAGUUAUCAAAGGCUUCAACAAGUGGAUUGAAGCCCAUGGCAAGGCACCUCAGCAGGAUGAGCAGGAGAGGAAAGAGCUGGAGCUUGCGGUGGAGAGCUGGGCUUCGAAGCUGAUGCAAAGGAAUUUCGAGGAUCCGGUGAUUAAGCAAAAGGUCAUCAAAUUGGUGGUUGACAUCUCGUCCAAGGCGCUGGACAAUCACCCUGCAUAUGCGCUAAAGGUUCUUGAGCACAUUCUCAUGACACGCCUUCCAGACCAGCCGGAGUACCCUGUUUAUGCUGAGGCCGUCAAGGAGCUCCAUGGGCUGGCUAGUCACGAACUCCGACGCCUCGCGAUCCGCUACGCUGACUAUUUCUCCACUUUCUACGAUCUGCUUGAGCCGAAAAUCAGGGAGAUCACAAUGGCCAACCGUGUGGAUGAUAAACUCCAGAUGGAGCUGACGUCCAUCCUGUUGAUCAUUAUGCAACGCGCCAGCAACAUUGAUCCGAACCUUCGCCAUAGCCGGCUGGCCGGAUUCCUUGCGCCCAUUCGAGAGGCAUGGCAGGACGAUGAACUCCGCCGUAUGAGCUCGUCAUUUGAGGGCUUUUGCACCAUGCUUGGACUAGAAAACGUGGGGUCAUACAUGCAAGCCAAGCAAGCGCACAAGCUUGAGGAUUGGUCGUCAGUUGCCUUGGACAAUGAGGGAAAGCUUGUCCAGGAAGAAAUGACCAGGAAAUUCCAGAUGCUACCGCUGCGUGGUACCAAAACCAUGCUAGCUGUUUCAACGGACAAGCUAAAGAGAACCUCGCCCGCGUAUCAAGUUGCUUGUGAUAUGUGGCAAGAGCUAACUCCUCAGAUCCUUCCUACCUUGGUCCAGCUGCUUACUCAUGCCCAUGCCUUCCACAACCCGGCUAAUUGGGCCGUUAGCGACGAUAUGCGAGCAGUGGUUGAGCGCAUUUUGACCGAUCGGUUCUGGCAAGCCGGCAUUUCCAGUGGUAGCCGCGAUGACUUCUAUGCUAAGAUCACUGCAUCAAAGUCAACUCUCGAGGGGUUUGCAUCAUCUGUUCGGGGCAAAAUUCGAGCAGUGCGUGAGUCUUGUUACUCGAUGCUUUUCAGCAUGAGCCGAAUGCGCCAUCAAUUCUAUGGAUUUGCCGAGCUGCCAGGGCCGUUGUCCGAGGCCCUCUUCAAAGAUGCGGAGCACCUUUCCUCCCACCAAUUUUCUGUCCUACUCAACAUUUCCCGCUGCCUAAUUGACGAUUGUCCAGUUCAGUACCGUGCCCAAUUCUUGCCGCCAAUGCUCGCUACUUUGUUCCGCAGCAUCGACCGCAAGAUCACCACUGAAUGGGAAUUGAUUGAGCAGCGGAAGAGUGGCGGCUUGGAUGGUGACCUCACUGACGAAAUGAAGUCGGAAAGCGUUCUUCGUCAACUGACAUAUGCUGCGGUCAUCAUGGUUGCCAGCUUGUUCGACCCACAGAGAGGAGAUCCUGAUCGAACAGAGGCAGACCCUAGUGCGCCGCAACCGACUCCUGAACUCGCCGACUCAAUCCGUCACUUUGUUCUAUCCUCGCCCGAAAUCUUCGAGCCCGUCAUGCUCUUCUGCACUCAUGCUCUUCGCAUGCGCGAUACGCGGUGCUGCAGCAUCAUCACUCGCGUCGUUCGCUCCAUCUUGGCCGACUUCGCACCCCCGCACAAUAGUCAAACCAUUGUGACCAUCCGCGAGUUCAUCUGCACAGACGUCCUGCAGGCUUGCAUUACCUCCGUCCAUGAAUCCUACUUCGUUGACAUGCAGAAGGAUUUGGCCCAGCUCAUCGCGUCCAUCUGGGUUUUGUACGGAGUCUGCAGCGAAACACCACGGUCCGUCUUCCUCUCUCUGCCUGGCAUCACUCCAGAAAAGGUUGUUCAGACAGAGACUGCUCUCCAACGGUGCACCUCGCCCCGCCAACAGCGGGCCUUGGUCCUCGAGUUACUUGAGCCGCUGCGAGGUGUUAGCAUUGCCGAGCAGGGCAAGAUCCUUGGCUCACGGGAGGAGCGUCGCAAGGCGAGGACCGCGAUUCAAAGCCGGUACAUGACCAACGAGAUGGAGACACAGCAGGAGACUCAUCGUGUUGACAUCAAUGAUGGUCCCGAUCUCUCUGGUGUUGCCGACAUGUUCGGUUAG